AUGCUCAUUGACAAGGACCUCGGUGAGAUGCCUCCGGCGGACCGGCCAAGCGAGCGUGCGCUGUGGGUCGCGGCGCUUCUGAACCCCGGGCUCUCGGUCGCCAAGACGGGGAUGGUCGACAGCAUGUACAAGCUCAAGGGCGGCUCAUGGCCGAUGAACACGUACUACUGGUGA